CGGCCGCGGGUCUUCUUCGCAAGGAACGAAGAAAUGGCGGAAUCUGGGUUUGAGAGUUCGUCGGCGCCGGCGGCCGCGUCGCUUAGGCCGCAGAGCUUUCUGUUCGGGUGUGAGCUGAAGGCUGGUCAUAAAGAGUACAAGAUGGAGGUGGAAGAUGAUGAUUCUGAGCAUCAGCUUUCUUUGAGGACGGUUUGCCUUGGUGUUGGGGCAAGUGAUGACCUGCAUCUGGUUGAAGCAGAAGGCUUAAACUCUGAUGGCAAAAACACAAAGGUGACUUUGGCAGCUUUGAAGUUGUCAAUACAGCCUACAGUUAGUUUGGGAGGAUUUGAAAUGGCACCACCUGUGACAUUUCGGCUCAAAUCUGGAACAGGUCCCGUGCACAUCAGUGGCCAGCACCUCAUUGCAUUGGAGGAUGACGACUUGGAGUCGGAUGUCGAGGAUGACAGCAUGUUGGAGACCACCACACCGAAACAAGCUGUAAAGCGACCAGCUGCUGCAGCAUCCAAAAUAUUGCCGCAGAAGAAAAUGAAAGUGGAAGACUCUGAUGAAGAUGAUGAAGAAGAAGAGGACGAUGAUGAUGAUGAUGAUGAUGAAGGUGAAGAUGAGAAAGUGAUGACCCCGGCAAAAAAGCCUCUUCAGAAAACUCCACUCAAGGCAACACCUGGAUUGAAAGGGACUCCCAACCAAAAUGGCAAAACACCCACCAAAUCCACACCAGAAAACAAGCAGUCCAAAGUUAGAGACCUUUCCUUGACUCCGGAAUCCAGUAGUAAACCCAAAACACCCAAAACCCCCAAAACCACCAAGGCUCCACUGACCAUAGAAGAAAUCAAGACUAAAUUGAAGACCUUUUUGGAAAAGGGUGUCAGUCUGCCCAAAAUGGAGUCCAAGUUUGUAAACUUCCUGAAAAAUGGCUUGAGGGUGGAAGACCCAAAGAUGAUCAAAGAUCUCUGGACGUGGAGACAGACGCUGGAUGGGAAGUAGAAUAACUGUAGCUGUAACACCACAAAAUUUGCUGUGAACGUUGUCCUUCUAUUUUAUCUGUCAUUGUAAAUAAACCAGUUCGUUUUA